AUGCAAAAUAAAUCCCCCUUUGCUCGUGAACGAAUCAAUCGAGUAUUUCAAGAAGUGCUGAUGACAGAGAGUGAAAAGAAGCAGUUAUCUGAAGUGUAUCGUCUCCUCUUAAGGUUACAUCGUUCAACGAAGAGGCUAUUACACUACCUGCAGCACGAUUCAUCAGUGUACCUCAAAAAGCCAAACUCCAAACUCCAUCGUCGUUUACAAGCAGGUAAACCAUUAAAGAAGCGGCGACCCAGGCCUAAGUGCAAGGCGCUGUCAGCCGAAAAUCCGUCACCAAAACCCCAGCACUCUCCUCUGAAACUUACGUUCAAAACGCUACCAACCUGCCGUGAGCCGGUCUUCGAGGUUGUGGAAAAGAAGGAGAGGGUGACAUCAUUUGCUGCCAUGGAUGAGAUGAUACCUGAUGGGAGGGGGGUUUUACCCUCCCAGACACAAACAACAUGCCCAACACCAAUUGAUAUCCUCAGGGAGGAAGAUAGUAGUGCAGUGAUAGAGACGUUCAACAGUUUGGACACAGAGCAGCCCCUCCCCUCACCACCACCUGUUCUGACAGUGAAGAGUCCGGAAGCGCUUAAUGUUACCAUAACUCCCAACCUGGUCAACAAACUACCUGAACCAUGUCAGAGUUACAUUAUGGAAACUUGCGAGGUGUGUGGAGAGCGAAGUGAUAACAUUGAACAGCACAGGGCCACAAUGGGCCACUACAAGUGUCAUGUGCUGCCACAGUGUGCUGGCUUUGUAUUUGCCAAUAAAGGAGAGCUCAUUAGUCAUCAACACCUGGUGCACGGACUCAGCCCCACACCUCAGCAACAAUCCCUGCAGCAACUCCAGCAACAGUCCCUGCAGCAAAUGCAGCAACAGUCCCUGCAGCAAAUGCAGCAACAGUCCCUGCUCCAGCAGAUGCAACUCCCGCAACAGGUCCAAUUAUUGACAACGCCUUAUGGGAUAUCCACGGCACCCCCCGCCAUGGGUACAUCUCCACCAGCCAUCAGUCCCUCUCUAGGCCCUCUCUUGUACUUGGUGCCCAGCGGAGUCACUUUGGCAUUCCCUGGAGCCUACCCCUCCACUACCAACACACCACAGUUCGCCAUGCAGACGCCCCCCUCCACUAUACAACCGGACGGAUUGCCAGUGCCUGUUGCUUCGCCCACUCUACCAGCCGGGCUGGACCGGUCUAUCAGUAUAUCUCCUUCUGUCAAAACAGCACAAAAGCGGGCCACCCCCUCCCGUGCUGAGAGUGAAGCCAGCAAGAGAAGUCGGCAGGAGAGUCCAGACUGUAUGCUGGUUGAGGAUGGGUCUGCUCCACCCAAGGUUCCUAAAUUGCCCAGUGGCAUCUCUCUGACUGUGCGCGGCUCACAGUCACAGAAUAGCGGGGUCGCUAACAUCCUGGCCUCUCGAGGCAUCACGGUGACUCCGGCAGCCAAUGAGACCCCCCCGCCCCCUGCGCCUGCAUCUAACAGAGCGAGUGUAACCACUCAGGCUGUCACUACACUAAACCUCAGCUCAGAGGUUUCUAUAGUUCCUGCCAGCCAGUCCUCUAGAGGGCAAUUCACGGGACCUACUGGCCGUAAGAGGGGUAGACAGGUUACCUCCACUGCAAAACCUUUGAUGGUAGACCUAACUCAAGACUCAAGUAGACCUUCAUUUCGACGACGGUCGCAGCGCACCAAUCUGGCAACUCAUAAACUGCCAUACAAAUGUAACCUGUGUAAUGCACAGUAUCCGACUCAGCAGGCGAUGUUGCAACAUAAACAAAACUACCACAAGGAAGCGCAAGGCUCGGAGAUGGCCCUGCCUGUGGUGGAUAUGAAGAACCCUGCAUCAAUCAAUAAACUUACAUCUCUCGGCAUCCGUCACUGUCUGGUGCUUUCACAGCUGACUAACUCGUCAGGUGGAGUCUUUGGACUGCCGAUCGCAACAAUUGACAAUGCCAAAAACCCAGCAGUGUGCAAUCUCGGGGCUCUGGGAGCGUCCAAUGUACUGUCACUGGGACCCGCCAAAGCUCUUAGAUAAAGUUUUAAAAUGUUUGAAUAUUUUAUUUCCAAAACGUUUUUUACUUUUUUACUUA